ACAAAAAUGACUGCAAUCUGCAGCAAGGGAGACCUAGAGAAAACCAGGGCAGGGGAGCUCGCCUUGCAGGGGAAUUUGAGGCAGCACCUCAGGGCAGGUUUGUAGGAACAGAUCAGGCGCCUGUGGGAGGCGAUUCUAGGUAACUUGGUGCUGCCUCAGCGCGAGGGCUGGACUUGGUGAGGGCCCAAGGUCCUGGGCCAACACCCCGCAGCCCCCGCCCCUUCACUGCUUCCCCUUCCCCCGGGCGGGCGCAACCGGCCGCAGCGCCGCCCCCUUGGGCUCCGCGCCCGGCGCCGCCCCCCGCCCGUCUGACGUGCCCCUGCAGCCAUGUCGGCCGCCGCGCGCAGACGCCAGGCAGCCGGGGCGCCGCGCGAAGCCCCCGCUGGCGGAGAUGAGGAGCCGGGCAUGGCGGCCCCGAGCCUCAGCGUCUGCCUCAAGCUGCUGGCGGCGGCUCUCUACGGGUUCAGCUCCUUCCUCAUCGUGGUGGUGAACAAGAGCGUCCUCACCAGCUACGGAUUUCCCUCCUCACUAUGUGUUGGACUAGGCCAGAUGCUGGCCACGGUGACUGUGCUUUGGGUGGGAAAGGCACUCAGGGUGGUGAAGUUUCCAGACUUUGACAGAAAUAUACCUCGAAAGACGUUUCCACUACCUCUUCUAUAUUUUGGGAACCAAAUCACAGGACUGUUCAGCACAAAGAAACUGAACUUGCCAAUGUUCACGGUUCUGAGAAGGUUUUCUAUUCUGUUUACAAUGUUUGCUGAAGGAAUUUUACUCAAGAAGAAAUUUUCUUGGGGCAUUCAAAUGACAGUGUUUGCAAUGAUAAUUGGUGCAUUUGUAGCUGCUAGUGCUGACUUGGCAUUUGAUCUAGAAGGAUAUAUUUUUAUCCUGAUUAAUGAUGUCUUGACAGCUGCAAAUGGUGCAUAUGUAAAACAGAAACUGGAUUCAAAGGAGCUGGGAAAGUAUGGUCUGCUUUAUUACAAUGCACUGUUUAUGAUUCUUCCCACCUUGGCCAUAGCCUAUUUCACAGGAGAUGCGCAAAAGGCAAUGGAAUAUAAAGGCUGGGCAGAUACACUCUUCGUUAUACAGUUUACACUCUCAUGUGUAAUGGGGUUUAUUUUGAUGUACUCCACAGUUCUUUGCACUCAGUAUAAUUCUGCUCUUACAACUACAAUAGUUGGCUGUAUUAAGAAUAUAUUAAUAACCUACAUGGGAAUGUUUUUUGGAGGAGACUAUAUUUUCACAUGGACAAACUUCAUUGGGUUAAAUAUCAGUAUUGCUGGAAGCCUGGUGUAUUCUUACAUCACUUUUACAGAAGAGCAAUUGAACAAGCAGUCUGAAGCUACUAUCAAGAUGGAUAUUAAAGGAAAAAGCUCAGUAUGACCAGGGGAUUAUUUAUAAGAAGUAACUCCUUGUUUUUGUUCAACGAUCACUGGCAGUAUACAGUAAAAAUAUUAGUGUGGGUGUCGUGGAAUAAUGCUGGUACUCUGCAUUUGCACAAUCUAAAUAUGCUGCCUUUUUAAAAAAAAUUAUUAUAAAGAGAUUUAUAAUUGACUGCACAUUAAAUAUACAGCUCGUUAAUUUAAUCUAGACUAUGAGGAAUAAAUCUUUUGUAAUUUAUUAUGAUCAAGUCUGGUGGUAGAACCAUGCACAGAUGAUGUAAACACUUUGAUUUUACAGGAGUACUGUUAAUAUUCUUAGAUACAGUUUUGUUUUCUUGCAAGAAAACUUGUCCUAACCUAUCAGUUACAGUUUAGCUUGCAUCUGGGUUGUCUUGCAGCUAAGCAUAUCAAUGGGCAAUAAUAAAUAUUUGUAAUUGGCUUUUAAGGUGAAUGAUUGACUCAGCUCCAACCCCUUCAUGCUGUCUAAAAGGGCCAUGGUGAUGUCAGGGGUCUCAAAAAGCCCUGCAUCCCUUUCAGGGCAGAAUUCCUCAGUUCAGGCACAUCAGGCUGCCUUCGGAGGAAGCCCUCACAAGCCCGGGUGUGGGGGAUGCUAGUUGUGGGGAUGGGUGGGUUGGUAUUGUGAGUAGAAGUGUUGCUGUAGCGCGGAGCCUUGUGGAGAUUCUGAGCAAUGCUGCAGCCCAGAAGAGCCCUGUGGGAAACUACUGUAGCUUAGAUAAGCUCCCUGGGGUGGAACAGGGGAGGACUCUCCAGUCCCUGAAGCAGUUGGGCAAAAAGAUGAUUUAAAGCCAGCAUAGGUCCCUCUGUGCAGGGCUGCAAGUUCUGUGCUGUGCCUCAUGAAGAGGCAACAUGGAAUCUCACCCCUUAGCUCAGAAAACGCAAGUUCACAGAUUAGUUUACUUUAUUUUCGAGAAGGAAGCUACUGAAGCAGGGUAACUUUCACUAACUAUAAGCCAACUGUAGGCCCUGCAUAGAUCAUAAAAAGAAGAUACAUAUUUUUGGCAAUUUUGAUUUCUUGUCAAUAUUAAGCUUUCAGAGGAACAAGAAAAAGGGAAAGAAAAGAGUUUUCUCUAGAGCUAGAAUAUAUACAGAAAUAGAGGGAGACUGAAAUGUAACUCCUUUUUUUAUUUACUAAGGAAAGGAAUGGCUCUGCAACCUUGCAUAUGCAAGUGCAGAUCUUUCAGCAGAUGUAUCAAUUCUGCAAUACACUCUUAUUUCAGUUAGUCAGUCAGUCAUCCGGUUUUAAGUUUUUGGACAAAACAUUGGCUUGAACAGUCAAUGAUUUUAGUAGAUGUUUAAUUUUUUUCAUUAACUUUUUUAAGCCUGUGCUCAUCCUGCUUAGCUUCUGCAUGCCUCACAACAGCUUAGUACCUCUUCUUGUAAAGCUGAUGUUGGAUGGUGAAAUUCGUGAAUAGGUGGUGGGAUGAUGGUACACCACCUUCCAAUUUUACAUAAUAUAUUGGAGAACUCAGCAGGGAAGCACUGAAUUAAAAUAAGACCUAUCCUGCAGUCAUACAUGAGUAACUUUACUUACAUUAGUAAUCCCACUGGGCAACUUAAUAAGUAAAGGUACUCACGUGCAUAAAUUUUUGCAGGGUAAGGCCUAGCACUCGUUCAAAAUCAAGUGAAAAUCUGUGUCUAAAAGAUUUUUUUAAAUGAAUUAAUGUUUUUGAUUCCCUUCCAGUCCCAAGUGUGCCCCAUUAUUCUGAACCAAUAGUAAAAGAAUAAAUUUGAAAUACGUUAUCUUUUUUAGUUUAGUAAAUUAACAGUUAAUCCAUAUAUAACAUUUUAUGCAGCUACACGUUGACAGGUCACCUAGAAUGAAUAUUUGUUACCUUUACUCUUCUAGAUGAUGUCAAGGUAAUUCAUUAAUUGGUACAUUUAAUUUGUACCAUUAUGUGAUUGAUACAGUUCUGAUGUUUUAACUCUAUCCAAAUUUUAUGCUCUGUUCAGUUUAUUUUUGGAUGCAGUAAAAUUUCUUUUACAUUGUGAGCUGUUUUUAAUGGAGAAAUAUUUUUAAAAUGUCAAGCCGUAUUGAUUUUUUUAAAAAAAUUUAAAAUUGAUGCAAUAUUUCUGUCUAUCUUCUUCCCUUUGAUUCUUUCUUUGGUUAAAAUUGUACACUUAUUUCCCCACAAUUUAUUCCUACUCCUACUCUUCACUUACAAGAAGAGACUUUCACAGGCAGUUAAUCUAAUUGCAUUUGGAAGGAUAUUUGGUGGAAAACUGAGUGACAUGGUAUUGAAAGAAACAUUGCAUUUCAGAAUAUUUUUUAGGUAAUUGAGAUGGGCAUUUCUGUAACAUUUUCUGUAGAAACGUUUAAUCAGCAUACUGUGUGUUACAGUAUGUGUCUACUGUGUUUCUUUGGCAGUUUGCAUUGUUAGCCUAGUCCUCCAUUUAGAAUCCUUAAAGGUAGCCUGCUUAUCUAAUUCUUGUUUUAAUUGAGCUAAAUGGAAAAAUUAUGUGUGAUACCCAUAUACCGCAGGAAAAGGAUGGGGGAGCAUUCAACACAAAUUUUGACUCAAAAACGUACCUGAUGUGUUCAUGCUUUUGCUAGCUUCCUAAAAUCACGCAGCCAGCUCCUGCUCUACUGUGAUUCCUCACUGUGAUCCAGGAUGUGAUGACAUAGCUACUAGUGUCACCCAAAGGGGCUAUCCUGUUAAAUGCCAUUUAAGUGUGGUGCAGUUUUGUAAAGUCACUUCUUUGACCCUGAUGGUCAAUAGACUUUGCAAAAACACUACCCCUUACGCCAGUAGUCUGAAAACAGUCCCGUACUCUUGUAGGCCAGCUCCAGGUUAGCAAUGGCAGCACAGCAGAAAUUAGUUGAGGAAAGUAAACUUUAGAUUAUUUUUUGUGCUGAAUGUGUCUCUUACUGUGUCUUAUGGAAUAUUUUAGCUCAUAUACAAAAUAAAGGCCUUGCAGGAAAUUUAAAAAAAAAAUAAAAAAUAAUAAUAGGCUAGGGAACCAAAUGUUCUUUUUUAUUUUAGCUUGUUGUGAUCCCCAUUCUUUUUAUAAAAUUUGGAUCUGUAUUUAAAUACUGAAAUCUGAACUUUACAUGUGAUAAAUGUGCCUGUUUUUAAAUGUCAAGGUCAGUAACUCUGUCAAAAGAGGGUUUUCAACUCAGCUCAUUCUGCUAUAAAUCUCAAAAUAGGCUCCCAAAUUCAUUCUUUUUUCUUAUGUCUCCUUGUCCUCGCACCCUCUGAUGCGGGAAUCUGGAACAGAUAACAUCAUAAUGCCACCAACUGGAAGCAAGAAUGCAAAGAACUGCUAGAUCCUGCCCCUGGACAUAAAAGCCUCAGCACCGUCCCCUCAGUUUGCCUUUCCUCCUUUGGAAACCUGGAGUCCUUGCUUCAGCUCUCCUGCCAUCUCUUUUCCCUUUUUCUCUUUUGUGGGGACUUUAAAGAAAAAAUGGGACAGAAUUGAGGGAUGGGGCGAGUGGGAAGAAAGAGCGAAGUAAGAAGCCAGCAGCAGUUUCUCGGAUGGAGAGUUGAAGGCAGAGCAAGUUGCUGUUCGGUUAAGCACCACCCUUCAAGGGGGUUGCAUCUGGGGCCAACUGUUCAUAAAUGCCACCACUCAGGGAUGGUAUGCCCAGUCUGCACUCCACCUCUAAAGUGGGAGUGGCAGCUCCCCUGCCCUUGGCAGGCAUCCCUCCUCUGAAGGGUCUUUGGUGACCUCCCUCCCAAAUGUAUUUCUGGUCCUGCAAACUCAGCCUUAGGAGAGAGGGACCAAGAUCUUGACCGUGUUCUGCUCCUGGACUUAGAUCAAGCCUCCAAGCCCCUUGGUUGAGCCUGGUUCUGAUGCUGAUACCAGUGUCCCCUGACUGGAGACUCUCUCAUCCUCUGCAUUCUCAGUUUGGAGACCCCCAAAGAUACUGUUUUCAAGCAUACAUUUCGCAGAAGAGGGGGUUCUCUUUCCCUUCCAUUUGGCCAUCCUGGACCUUGCGUCCAAGGAAUGGAACUAGGUGGACCUGUGCACCCAAGACUCUCGCCCUGCGGCUAGAUGUUAUCCUGUUUCUCCUGAAGAACCAGACGAAGUAUUUGCUAUUCCUAGGUUGGAUGCACAGGCCUUAUGUCUCACUUCUAAAUUGUUCUCUCAUGGAGUAUAUGUCCACCCUAUGGAUAAGACUUGGGGUGGACUUGGCCCUUAAUACAGCUUACAAGCUCGCACUAGUGACUUUGCAUAUUGCAGCUCAUUUUGCUAUAGGGCCUAAGCUCUGUGGGUGGACCUUAGAAGGAUUUCUCCUCUGCUUUUCCCCUUACACCAGAACUAUGAGGGUUUCUUCACUGUCCCCUGGUCUAUAGAAGCUGCUUCCAUUUUGUGUAAAGCUGCCUGCAUGUGGAGUUUCCACUGUGGGUCAGAGACACAUUUGACUUUGGGAGUGGAAUGCAGAUGAAGGAGUAAAGUCAAAGCUGGCCAGUCGCCCCUUUUAAAGGGCUUAAUCUCUUUGACCUGCUGCUACCAUGAGGCGUGUAGAUUCUUCUAAGAACCACCCCGCAUCCUCGGGGAAUGUGCCCCCCUUUAUCUCUUGCUGAAAGCCCAGGCUCAGGUGUUGGCAGGGAUCCUCUUUGGUAUCCUAUGACAGGUCAGCCCUUGGUUCUGUCGGAUUCAGGUCUUUCGUGGGCCCAGGAGGCUGCUGUUUAAACACUUCUUUCCACUGCUUUCCCAAAGCAGCCGGUUGCACUCAGGCCAGGUCCAUCCCCAUAGCUCAUCAGCCCUGCCAUGGUUGGAAGUCGUUUGCUGAUAUUUGUGAAAAUGUGAGCCGCCUCCACCUCCGAUGCCUGAUCACCUUACUCAAGCCCCUUCAGUCUCAUGUCUACUAGAGUCUCAGGACCUCCUGCCUCAUGUGGCCCAGAUCACCGAGGAGGGAACUUCCCCAUCUGGAUACAGUCCUGAGUUCUUCACUAGGAAAGUCUUUCAUUCCCCUGGACAGACUCCGCUCUUUUGAGCACUCUGUCAUCAGUCAGCUCCUCCUCCCCGGUUCUGGCCUGGAGCCUCCUUUGAUUGUUGAGCCAUGUUGCAGCCUGUGUGGAUCUCCUGGGUGGGGCUCCACCUUUACUCUCUGCAGUCCUUCUUCCUAUCCAGAUGGGAUUCCCUGUCCUUCCUUGGAGGAUAACCCUCUUCAUUCCUCCCUGGAAUCAUGUGCAACACCUGCAGCUGUUUGCGUGGUUCUCCUUUCUGUUCACCCUGCCCCCAUUUGUAUUGCCACUGAUGCAAAUCUCUUGGGUUUAGGGGGGGCUCACACCUGGGAAUUUUGUUAACUUAGAGCCUCUGUUAGCUGGAGGGACACACAUUGAGUAUAAAUCUCCUUGAACUGCAGGCUGUAGGUUUGGAUCUCAUAGCUUUGGAAUCCUUAAUCCUCGUUCACUGGAACAACUGCAUGACAGUGGAGUAUGUCAGCCGCUGGGGGGACCUGCAGGACUUCGCUCCUGGUGGAGGCAUUCCAUCUGGAUAAACCUGGUCUGCUUUCCUUGAGGGCCCUUUAUCUGGAGGGCAACAGUACCCUUGCUCGGCCACAGCCAUUUGGCUCCAGGAGAAUGGAGCCUCCCCCAAGUUUUCAAGGCCAUUUGUCGAAAGUUGGCACCAUAGUCAAGUUUACCUGUUUCUGUUUCCAGACCCUGGGCUCUCUUAUAUGAUGCAUUUGCAUGGAGCUGGAGUGUCAAGAGCUGAGUUACUGCUUCUUGAAAAACUGCUGAAAAAAA